AUGUGGCAGAGGCGCAUUGUUUUCGCGCCUCUCGCUGGCGAGCUCUGGGGACAUGCGGGCUCGCGGCGGCUGGUCUACGAACUCGAGAACGGUUCGCCCAAGGCUUUGAACAUCACAGGCGAUCAGGUCGACAUCGUCAUCGACCUUGGACUGCUCGGACGCGUCGGACGGACGGGGGUCACGCUCCACACGGCGCAGGGCAGUGCGUUUGCAGAUUCGUCCAAUCUUGCGGCAGGUCUGUCCGCCGCGCUCGAGCAGAACGGCCUGACGACGUCGACCGAGCAAGGCGUUCCGACGAUCAGCCCUGCACAGACGUUCCUUGCUAUGCGCAGUUCCAUCCGCGUCGUGUCCCUGAACGAUUUCGGAAGUAGCAUCGACUAUGCCUUCCUUGGGUCGUCGUACGACACCGAUGGAGCUGUGCUUCCCGACUAUGACGCUCUUGGGAACGUGGCUUGCUCGGUGGCAAAGUACUUGCUUGACGAGACACGCGCAUCGCAAGCUGGCGCGGAGGCCGUCGAGUGUGGCGCGGCGCCGUCGUACGUGCGGCAGUGGGCGGGAUGUCUGAAUCAAGGCGCCGGGUCGGCGGACUGCCGGGCGCUCACUGCCGACCUGUUGCAAUUGAUCGGCACCACUCCCGGCUUCCCGGGCAUCCUGCAAAAUGGAGCCGACGUCGAUGGACCUCGCCGGAAGACAGACAUCGCCCGACUCUUCUGGAAUGCGUUCGGACGCUACUUCGGGACGCCGACGGAGCGCAUUUGCGACCAGCUCGGGAACAACCCUUGCCAGGGGGGCGAACAGUGCAUCGGUUGGCUGCACCAGCGGAGUUUCCCUGAUGGGGCGGGCACAUGCACGGCCACCUCGGUCCAGUACGUGCCCGGGUACAGCCCGCGGCUCCAGUGGGACCCUGCGGCCCGAAACGGUGGUGGCUGGUGGACGGUGCGGGCCACGGCUCAGAUUCAGCGCUCCGGGGGCGUCGACCACGCUGAGGAUGACAUCUUCACCGAGUCCUACUGGCCGAAAGACCCGGAAAUGGAGUUUUACCUCAAGGAGAGAGAGUCGACUGACGUCGCUGUGCUCGCCGUGUCGGUCGUGAUGACGGUGCUCAUUGGGGGAAUGAUCGUGCUGACUGAGCGGUCCCUCGCUCGAGCCGGAGGACACCUUCAGGAUGCGCCACCGCAGGCAGGAGCCACGUCUUUCGGGCUGCGAUAG